AUGGCAGCUAAACCUUAUCCUCGCAUCGGCGUUGCGGCUUUGAUCAUCAGUCCCUCCGAUGAGAUUCUGAUGGGGAAACGUAAGGGCGCUCACGGAGGAGGUACCCUUGCCCCUCCAGGUGGCCACCUCGAGCACGGUGAAUCGCUCGAGGAGUGUGCGGCACGUGAGACACUAGAAGAAACCGACCUCGUCGUUAGCGGCAUGCGCUUCCUGACCGCCACCAAUGAUAUUUUUAGCGAGAGGGACAAGCACUACGUAACUUUGUACGUCGCAUGCGAACUUGAAAACCCCUAUGCUGAACCCAAGAUCAUGGAGCCAGAUAAAUGCGAGGGCUGGGAGUGGGUGAAAUGGCACCAGGUCGCUGCUUGGGCUGAUGCAAUGGCCUCUGAUGGCGACAAUAGUAAUCAAAUUGGCGGAGGAGAGAAUAGAGCCAAGACGCUGUUUUUGCCUUUGUUGAAUCUGUUCCGACAGCGGCCAGGGUUUGAUCCCGUGGCUAGCUUCCGCCGCGUUUGA